AUGCAAAAUUUCCCCCCAGCUGCCGACUCAGAAACCCAAGACCUUGAAGGCGCAGUUAAACCAACGCAACAAUCUGAGCUUCCUCAAAUACCCACAAGGACACAGCCUGCGCAGCACUACCUAUCAAGUCGACUUGACCUGGAGAGCACAAGAGCUCUAUGUAUAAACGAACCAGAAGACCAAUAUGUCAUCGUUGACUGGUACGGUGCCACUGAUCCGGCAAACCCUCUGAAUUGGCCCAAACGCAAAAAGAUCGUUGUUUAUUUCAUUAUCCUCUAUAUAUCGUUUGCUGUGUAUAUGUCCGGGUCGAUCUACGCAGCGGCACAAAGUGACGUUGAAGAAGUCUUUGGAGUAUCUGCGACGGUCUCGAGUCUUGGGAUCGGGCUUUAUGUGUUUGGCUACGGCGUUGGGCCGAUGUUCUGGUCACCCCUGUCCGAGAUCCCAGCUGUUGGACGUAAUAUUCCUUAUCUCAUAUCGUUGACAGUCUUUAUCCUGAUCUCAAUUCCAACAGCACUGGCCCCCGAUAUUGCACCUUUAUUGGUGCUUAGAUUCCUCCAGGGCUUCUUUGGGUCCCCAGUCCUUACCACAGGUGGCGCAUCGUUGGGUGAUGUUAGCAGCGCGUAUGGAAAACCUUAUGCCUUCUACAGCUUGGCAUUAUUUUGCUUAGCAGGGCCGGCCUUGGGGAACACCAUUGCUGGCUACAGCAUUCCUGUGUUAGGAUGGAGAUGGAGCUUGUGGGAUGUCCUUCUAGCCAGUGGCCCCGGACUGAUACUACUCCUUUUUCUACCAGAGACAUCCGAAACCAAUAUUUUGUAUCGUCGUGCCCAAAGAAUUCGAACAUUGUCACAGAAGGAGAUUUACAAAUUCGAAUCAGAAAUGGAAGUCAAAAACACGGCUAUGCUGAACAGACUGCACCGAGCCCUGAUUGUGCCCUGGAAGUUGAAUGCACUCGAUCCAUCCAUCGCAUUCACAAGUAUCUACUGCGGCCUUGUCUACGCUAUUUUCUACUCUUUCUUCGAGUUCUUCCCUCUAGUUUACGGGAAUAUAUACAACAUGACACUGGGGGAGCAAGGUUUAAUCUUUAUAUCCGUCAUCAUCGCGGUGGGAUUGGCCGGUAUUCCUUACUGCGCUUUUGUCCAUUUUAUCGUCAAUGAAUCUAUCAAGAACGGCAAUGCAAUGACGCCCGAAGGACGACUACUCCCAUCAUUAAUUGCCUCGGUAAUAAUCCCCACCGGACUCCUCAUAUUUGCGUGGACAUCAAAACCUAGCAUCCACUGGAUUGUACCAACUAUAGGCACCAUGCUCGUUUCGGGCAGUGUUGUGAUGAUUAUUCAGUCAGUGUUUGUCUAUAUAUCUAUGGCCUAUCCCAAGUACACUGCUUCACUAUUCAGUGGGAAUGGACUACUCAGGUCUUCGGUCGUAUUGGCUGGCGUUCUCUGGUCUCACCCGUUAUAUGACGCGCUUGGUGUGGCUUGGGGUAUGACUUUGAUGGGUGGCUGUUGUGCGAUAUGCAUUAUUGGUAUUUAUGUUCUGUACUUCUUUGGGCAUAAGUUCAGGGCAAGGAGCAAAUUCACGGAGUAG